GGGUUGGAAGGGACCCUAAAGAUCAUCCAGUGCCAACCCCUUGCCAUGGGCAGGGACACCUCCCACUGGAACAGGUUGCUCAAGGCCUGGUCCUGAACACCUCCAGGGAGGUUGUGGAGCAGUCACCCAAUGUGAUUCUGUGCUCCACAAACUCCCUGGGCUGCCUGUGCCAGUGUCUCACCAUCCUCACUGCAUAGAACUUUCCUCUCCAGUCCCAAUCUGCCCUCCUCAAGCUGAAAGCUGUUCCCUCUCAGCCUGCCAUGAUGGCACUGGGUGAUGUUGGCUUCCAGUCUGAAAAGCUGGCAGUGGCUGCAGUAGCAAAGUGCCAAUAACCACACCAGUAACAGCAGGAGAGGAGCUGCUGAGUGCCUUCACAGCGCUGCUCAAGAACCCCAAAGGGGUCACUUGUGCCUGGAGGUAGCAUCUGGUGGCUGUGGAAUGCUGGGAGGAUGUCAAGGAAGAGAAAGCAGCACUGAGUCCUGUCUGGCUUUCGUGUGGAGAAGAGGGAGCAGCCAAGCACUGCCCACAGAGCAGGCCCCCGGCACUGAGGGCAUCACUGAGCUGUGCUGAAAGCCCAUCCUGAGGGCACAGGAAGGAACUGUUUGCAGUCCUCUGGAGCAGACCCUGGAGCUGCAGGCAGAGAGCUGGCAGAUGAAAAGCCUGUGUGGAAGGAAAGCAAGGGAGGCAGAGUCCUCUUGGGCCGUGCCUGCUGGGUGUGGAUGGGCCUGCAGGAAGGUCAGGGCACUGUGAUGCCAUCUGUGGAGGGCCCUGCGAGGUACCCAUCUGUGGGGGGCCCUAUGAGGCACCCAUUCGUGGAGGGCUCUGCAAGGUGCUCAGGGCAAGCACUGUGAUGCACCCAUCUGUGGGGGGGGCCCUGUGAGGUAUCCAUCAGUGGGGGGCCCUGCGAGGUACCCAUCAGUGGGGGGCUCUAUGAGGCACCCAUUUGUGGAGGGCCCUGCGAGGUGCCCAGGGCAGGUAUUGUGAUGUACCCAUCUGUGGGGGGGGCCCUGUGAGGUAUCCAUCAGUGGGGGGCCCUGCGAGGUGCCCAGGGCAGGCCCUGUGAUGCCCUCACCUUUGUGUCAAUGUUCCCCCAACCUUUAAAAAUAAACUCUUUCCCUUUGGCCCUUCCUGCUCGUGGCCAGUUGGGUUUGGCAGCUGUGCUGAGGCCUGGGCUGGACUGCUGAUGGGCACAGCUCUGAGGCCCCUGCCCUGUCCUGCUGACCCCCUGAGGCUGCCAGGUGCCUCCUGGUGAGCUCGGCAGGGGGCCUGGCCUGGUGUCAGAUCCCAGCUCGGUGCCAGCCAGGUGUGAGCUCUCUGGCACACACCAGUCCCGGGAGCUGGCUGCUGCCGUGGGGGGCAUUGGCACACGCCUCUGGAGAAGGUGCCACCCUCUGUGGCACAGGUGCUGGGGGCAGACGGGCACCCAUUGCCUGCUGCAGUGCACUGCUGCCUGCCUGGGCAGGUGAGCAGUGCCUGCAGCUCCACCUGGGCAGCCUCUCUGCACGGCCCUGCCACCUCACACAGCAAGUGCAGAGUGGCAGGGAGGGCUCUGGGGGUCUGGAGGGCACCUCUGAAUAUCCCAGUCCCGAGGGCUUGGGCAGCACUUUCAGUUUGCUCCCUGCCUGGCACAUUCACAGCCUCUCACCCUUGGCAUUGUGCUUGAGUGUCAAAUGCCAGAGCAGAGAGGAGCCCAGGAGGCAUUUCUGGUCAGUGAGGAGCAGCAGGCUCUGUGCAGCCUGAAAUAGCUGCCAGGGCACGCCGAGAAUAGCUCAGUGCCCCCAGGCCGGGACGCCGCUGGAGAGCAGAGCGAGAUGGAGGGCAGAGCUGUGCUGCCUGCAGUCACUAACCUUUACCAGGCCAUCUUUGCUUUGUUUUGCUUCAAGCUUCUCAUUAAGAUUUCCUUGGCUUUGCUGACCCAUUUCUACAUUGUGAAAGGCAACAGGAAAGAGGCUGCCAGGAUAGCAGAGGAGAUCUAUGGCAUAGUCCCAGGCAGCUGGGCAGACCGCUCCCCGCUCCACGACGCUGCCUUCCAGGGUCGUCUGCUGUCACUGAAGACUCUGCUGGCACAGGGUUUCAACGUGAACCUGGUGACCACCGACGGUGUGUCUGCUCUGCACCAGGCCUGCCAGGGGGGCCACGUCGCCUGUGCCAAGCUGCUGCUGGAGAGCGGUGCCCAGGUGAAUGCAGUCACCAUCGAGGGGGUCACUCCUCUGUUCAGUGCCUGCUGCAGUGGCAGUGCCGCCUGUGUCAGCAUGCUGCUGGAGUUCGGGGCCAAGCCGCAGCCUGGCAGCCACCUGGCUUCGCCCAUUCACGAGGCCGUCAAGAGAGGCCACAGGGAGUGCAUGGAGAUCCUUCUGGCCCAUCAGGUUGACAUCGAUGAAGAAGACCUGCAGCAUGGGACCCCGCUCUACGUGGCUUGCACCUACCAGAGGACAGACUGCGUCAGGAAGCUUUUAGAGCUAGGAGCCAGCGUGGACCAGGGCAAGCGCUCAGACACCCCCCUGCACGCCGCGGCCCGCAGCGCCAGCCCCCAGCUGGUCACCCUGCUGGCAGACUAUGGCGCCAGCCUGAGGUGCAGGAACGCCGACGCCAAGAGCGCCCUGGACCUGGCCGCACCCAACAGCGAAGUGGAGCGGGCACUGCUGCUUCGGGAAGGUCCUGCCAGCCUUGCCCAGCUGUGCCGGUUGUGCAUCAGGAAGCUCCUGGGCCGCUCCUGCCUGUCUGCAAUCCACAAGCUGCACCUGCCUCUGCCUCUGGAGAACUUCCUCCUUUAUCGAUAGCCUGUGACUGUCCUGACCCUGGGAUAGCAAGAGGAGCAGAUGGUUCUUUACUCCAAAAGUAUUGCAUCCAAGGAAAAUGAUCCCAGACAUCACUCGUUGUCUGCUGUGGGUAUUGACCAUCAGCUGCCAGAGCACAUUAAAGCCUGUGACUGGUA